AUGGAACGUCUAAGUGAAGCUUCGAAAAAGGAAGCGUUUAUUAUUAAAUCUAUAGAAGCCAACUUAGUCAGAGGCUUCCAAAACGUCAGGCUUUCUUCGCCAUCGGCCAGAUGCUCGACUCCAGCACCUGUGGAAGAGGAAGCUACAUCUCUGGAAAAAUUGGACGAAAACAGCAGCUACCUGAAUUUCUGCGUGUUUUUGAAACUGAGCCCAUUGGAGAGCAAAUUCCGCGGGACCUUCAAACCCAAAGGCUUCAUCGGCGGCCACUUGGUGAUGGAGCGCCCGCGUUCAAACAUCAGCAUCAAAAACAUCAGCGCCCAGAUGUGUUACCACUCAUCCAUCAAGUAUAUUAAGGAUAAAGCCGAUAGCAUCAGACGUAAAUAUAUGAAUAAUGAUAAGUUGAAUGUGAGAAUUAUUGAAAAGUAG